AUGGAGACAGCUGGUCUAGCCCUCGGGCUUAUAAGCCUGGCAACUACUUUUGACACUGUUUUGAGGUGCUUCGAGUACAUCCACUUCGCCAAAACUUUCGAAAAUGACUAUGAAGACUGCGUCCUCAAACUGGACAAUGCCAGGCUGAGGCUGUCUAGGUGGGGUGAGGCAGUUGGGCUUCAUGGAGUGGACGAACACACCAAGUCACUCAGAGGCACAAAAAUUCCCGAACCCGACAUCCCCAGUGCAGAAAAGCUCCUCAAAUCGGUCCUGGAUGAAGUCAAGCGUGUUCGAAACCUCAGCGCGAAGGUCAGCGGCCCAGGAUCCGGGGACGAAAAUGCUGUCCUCAGUGAAGAGACAGACCUCAGCGUCGCGGGUCAGUCAAUUCAUGAACAGAUGCAGAAGGUGAUCAAGAAUAGACGGAACAAACUGUCCAUACGGCGCAAAGCCAAGUGGGUAUUGUAUGAUCGAGAACAUUUUAAGGGAAUGAUCGAGUGCAUCUCGGAGAAAACCAAGGAACUCCAGGAGCUUUUCCCCGCCGCCAGGUCGACGGAGAAGGCGCUGAUUGAUAAAGAGGUGGUGGAAUUGACCUGGGGUCUCAAGUUGCUCAAGGAUGCAAUUCAGGGGCAAGAUAGAACGCUAGCGACAGCGUUGGAUGCUAUCCUCAAACCAGUGGCGGAGAAGGUUGAAAACACAGUGCAUGGUGGAAUUGUAGGUGUUAUGUCAGCAAGCAGGAGUGAUAUUCAGCAAAGCUUUAGUUCAAAAUAG